AUGGACGAACUUCUCAAGCGCGGCUACGAGCAGUUCGUCAAGAUUGACGCUGGCGGCCAGGCCAAUGUCUACCGAACGGUGAAGAAUGGCGUCGUCUACGCAAUCAAAGUGGUCCGCGUGGAGAACCCGCUCUGUCCUAAGCUGGAUGAUGACUUGAAGCGAGAGCUGACCAUUGUACGGAACCUGAAGCACCCGAAUUGCAUCAAAAUUGAGGAGCUUUUUCGGACUCGUUCCAAGAUCUACAUUAUCAUGGAGUUCAUGCCCAACGGUACCAUUGGCUCGCUGGUGCGCAAGCACCCCAGUGGACUGUUCACAACAUUGCCCAUCGGUAACAUCAAUUACAAUGCUAUGCUAACUAACUUACUGAUCACUGAGUUUUACCACAGAGAUCUGAAACUAGACUUUUGGAACGCUUUUGGAACUCACGGUGCAAACGAACAUCCGCUUGAGAAGCUGCAUCGUGUAAAGGAGGCACAGUGA